AUAAAUCAAACUGAGGAAAAACCUGGUGAUAACAAUCAAAACUUGGGAAAAAAAGUAUCCGAUAAAUUUAUGGUUACUGCAAAUUCACUCUAUACACUAUACUUGUUAAAAUCAUUAGAAAAAGAAGAUUACUCAAUAGCUGAUGAAAUUGAUGAAUAUAUGAGACAACCUGAAAUAAGUCUCAAAAAAGAUCCCUUGAC